AUAAUAAUAUUUCCACUCUCACUUGUUCAUUUUUCUGAAUACAACUCCCAAACCCUCGUCUCCUCUUUGCCUGCAAAUUUCACACAACAAAAUUAUGGCAUGUAUGACAAGCUCUCUAGUGAUGAAACCAACCACUAGUACUACCUCAAUCUUUUCACAGCCCAUUAAAUCAUUUUUGCCAAAUACUUGUUUUUCAAUCCAAUCCAAGCCCAUUAAACCCCUUUUGAUUUCUUGCUCUGCGGUUUCACAAUUUCCGUUUUCUCUUUUAUCUAUUGAGAAAAAGACCCAUUUUCCAUUUUUUAUCAAAGCCCUUCUCCAAGAAGAGUAUGAGGAGAAUCUUGAUGAUCAAGAGUGGGCACAAGGAGAUGAAGAAGAAGAGGUUUUUGUAGAUGCUGAGGAGGAGUGGGUCCCAUCUGAGGAUUGUAAGGUUUAUGUUGGAAACUUGCCUUAUGAUGUGGGCAGUGAACAGCUGGCUGGGAUGUUUCAGGAGGCUGGUGUUGUUGAGAGAGCUGAGAUUAUUUAUGAUAGGGAGACUGGGCAGAGUAGGGGGUUUGGAUUCGUGUCGAUGCAUGCUGUGGAAGAAGCUGAAACUGCUGUAGCUAUGUUCAGUGGCUAUGAAUUAAAUGAGAGGCUACUGACUGUGAACAAGGCUUCUCCAAAAGGAACACGUCCUGAAAGGGUCUUUCGUCCUCCUAAUAGGAUUUAUGUGGGUAACCUUCCAUGGGAAGUAGAUAAUGCAGGUCUCAAGGAAAUGUUCAGCAAGCAUGGUAAAGUGCUGAAUGCACGUGUAGUUUGUGACAGGGAGUCAAACAGAUCAAGAGGCUUUGGCUUUGUGACAAUGUCAACAACAUCUGAAAUGAAUGAUGCAAUUAGUAACCUUGAUAAUCAGAAUUUGAACGGGAGGUCAAUUAUAGUUAGCGUGGCAGAGGACAAAAAACCAAGUUAUUAAGUUGAAUGAGUUGGAUAUGAGGUGGUGGUAGUGUAGUUUAUCAAAGUGACAGCAAUGAAUCUAGUGAUCAUCUCAUCCCGAUAUAGUUUGUGUUCCGGAUAGCAAUAUAUUAAAUGUGGUUUAUUAAUAUAUUUGGUUAAUAUUAGAUUUA